AUCGGACCUCAGUUGUGCGCUAAACUUUGCAAACGUCGGGCUAUUCUGUCGGUCGAUCGAAAAUUCCGCUGAAAUGGAAUCAAUCAACAGCGUAACAUAUAUUAUCCUACUGAUCUCUUUGAUCAUUGGGGGAUGUAAAGGAAUCCCAUAUCGCCCGCAAUCAUAUAUGGACAAUCAGCAGUUCUGCAUGGAUACAAUGACAGGAAGGCAACUUUACGUAGGUGAGAUCUUCACCCGAGAAGGACAGUGCAUCCGGGUUCAAUGCCUGGAAUCUUCGCGGCUUUGGGAAGACAGCUGCCAAGUGCCGAAACUGACGAAGGGUGACUGCAAACGAGUUCCACCCAAAGACGAUAAUCCCGAAUAUCCCCGCUGUUGCCCAUUGUACGAGUGCAAGAGCUAUGAAACCAAUCCCGAGGGAACUAUGGAGAUGACCAACACAUACGACCACUAUGGAACUCUGCGGUUGUCCUCUCUUACCGAGUUGAUCGUGAUCGAUAAGAGACCACGUUCUCAUGGUGAGAUCCCAACGGCGCCGGCAAGGAAAUAUCAGGUGUGAAAAGUGGUCUGGACAUACUUACAGUGUCCAGAAAGUUGUUGGAUCACUUAACGUUCGCCCUUCAAACAAAUAUAAGAAAAAAUAACAUUUAUUGGCCUUUAAAAAUAAACCUAAACUAAUUUAAGUACA